AAAAGGUCAAGCCACGGGUCAAGGCCUUGCAACACUUUAAAUUCGGCCUGGUAGUAUCUUUAAUGUAUUGCAGAAAUGUUUGAAUAUGUGCUUUGGUUGUUGCUUUUGCAAUGUACAGAGGGAGAAAUAGUACACCAGAAUCAAACCAGGCCGGCCAUUGCUGAGUUUCAGAACAGAGAACAUUUCAAUGCUGGAGACAAACCUAAACCGGAGCUGAACCCAACCUUGCCUGUUCUAGAAAUAGACCAUCAGGAUACAUCGAACCCUAAUUUUCUUUAUCCUCAGUGGAUAGAUGGGGAGAUUGAGGAACUUGAGAAUAGAUCUGCAAUUCCCAGAGAUGUGAAUGGGAUUGAGAAUACAAAUUUCUCUGACCUUCUCCUCCCUGUUGCUAACCAGGAAGGUUCAUUUACACCCCGGAUACAGUCAGACUCAGAACCAGGUCCUGGAGUCGAUCCUGUUUCUGAAACCGGAGAUGAAGAUGUUCCUGAGCCGAGAACGAAAUCCAGCCUCAGCACAUUUGGUCCUGGACCUGAGCGAGGGUUUAAACCAAGACCUAAACCUCCUUCAAGCAGCAUUCCACCAAAUUCUGGUUGUUCCUCUGCCUGUGUUCAUGGUUUUUGUAUAGAAAAUGUAUGUGUGUGCAAUGCAGGAUUUGAAGGAUCAUCUUGUGAUGAGGAUAUAAAUGAAUGUAUCUCAAGUCCUUGUGAGCACGGAGCUUGCGAGAACACAUUUGGUGGAUUUUAUUGUCUUUGUGAACCAGGAUAUCAGGGAGAGAGAUGUGAUAUUGACGAAGAUGAUUGUUAUCAGGAUCCAUGUCUCAACUCAGGGGUUUGCUUGGACCUGGUUAAUAACUUCCAGUGUCAGUGUCCCAGAGGUUAUGAAGGAUCCCUGUGUGAAACCGAGGUUGAUAUGUGUAGAAUAGCUCCCUGUCAAAACUCUGGUAUUUGUGUAAAUGGAAAAGAAGGAUACUCAUGUAUCUGCGAGAAAGGAUUUACAGGAAUUCACUGCGAGACAAAUAUCGACGAUUGUGUGGGAUAUCCUUGUCAGAACUACGGGACAUGUGUCGACCUUGUCGACAGAUUUUUCUGCGACUGUCCACCUGGGUUUGGAGGAGAUAUCUGCGACAUCGACAUCAAUGAAUGCGAAAAUAAUCCAUGUGAAAACAAGGCAACAUGCGUCGACCAAGUAAACGGUUACAAGUGUGAAUGCCUGGACGGGUUUACAGGAACCAAUUGUGAGAUAGAUUUCGACGAUUGUGCUCUGCGACCGUGUGAGAACGGGGCGACCUGUCACGACCAAGUGGAUGGGUUUAACUGUACAUGUUCUCCAGGGUACGCCGGGAUACUCUGCGAAAAGAAUAUUGAUCUUUGCUCAGGCGUACCUUGUCAAAAUGGAGGUUUAUGUGAAGAUUUAACAGUUUCCUACAGAUGUAUGUGUCCGCCUGGUUUUGAAGGGAGGAACUGUGAAAUCAAUAUAAAUGAAUGCUCUCACUCACCUUGUCGCGAGGGAUCUACUUGCAUUGAUCUUAUAAAUACCUUCAGCUGUAAAUGCCAGCCUGGUUAUGAGGGUAAGCGCUGUGAGCUUGAGAUAAACGAAUGUUUAUCAUCACCUUGUGAUAAUAAUGCUACCUGUGUUGAUCUGCUAAAUAGCUACCUAUGUACCUGCUCACCAGGAUUCAGAGGAAAGAACUGUGAGGUGGAUAUUAAUGAAUGUGAGGAUCGACCAUGUUUAAACAAUGGAACCUGUCAUGAUCUAGUAAAUCAUUUUGAGUGCGUAUGCCAAGAUGGAUAUACUGGCGAAGGAUGUGAGGUAGAGGUAGAUGAAUGUAUCCCAGAUCCUUGUCUGAACAAUGGUAGAUGUGUAGAUCAACUCAAUGGAUAUAUUUGUAUCUGUUCUCCAGGAUUCCAAGGGACAGAGUGCCAGGAAAAGAUUGAAUACUGUCAAACUCAGAACUGCAAUAAUGGAGAAUGCGUAGAAGAAUUAGCAAAUUUCUUUUGUAAAUGUGAUGAUGGUUUUGAGGGACGCUUCUGUGAGAUAAAUAUUGACGAUUGUACAGAGAAUGCUUGUAGUCCAUACUCAACUUGUAUUGACGAAGUGAACGAUUAUUCUUGUGAUUGUCAGGCCGGGUAUACAGGGGAACUAUGUGAAGAGGAGAUUGAUGAAUGUGCUUCGUAUCCCUGUAAGCAUGGUGGAACAUGUAACAAACUACCAGGAACGUUUACAUGUAGCUGUAUACCAGGAUAUACUGGGGAUACAUGUAUAACUAAUAUUGAUGAUUGUGCCUCCCAACCCUGCCUAAACCAAGGAACCUGUAUAGAUCUUAUAGAUCAGUAUCUCUGCUCCUGUAGACAAGGAUUCCAGGGAUCUGUUUGUGAAACCAACAUAGACGAUUGCUUUGAGCAUAAAUGUGAAAGUGGAGGUCUCUGUGUUGAUGGCGUGAAUGAUUACUCGUGUUCGUGUCCUCCUGGGUUUGCAGGACGGUUUUGUGAACUGCAAAUAGACGAAUGUCAGAUUAACCCUUGUCAGAACCAAGGUACUUGCCAAGAUCUGUUGAACGGAUAUAAUUGCUUUUGUCAACCAGGAUUUAACGGAACUAAUUGCCAGAUCAAUAUUGAUGAUUGCCAGUCAAACCCUUGCAAAAAUCUAGCACGAUGUCAGGAUUUGGAGAAUGACUUUGAGUGUGUCUGUUCUCCCGGAUUUACUGGUCGCUACUGUGAAAUAAAUAUAAACGAGUGCGAGACCAAACCCUGUGAAAAUGGCGGAACCUGUUUUGAUGGAACAAGUGACUUUGAGUGUGUGUGUGGCCCCGGGUUUAUGGGUAAAACCUGUGGAUAUAAUAUAAACGACUGUUUAAGCUCUCCUUGUCAAAAUGACGGACUAUGUAAGGAUGGAAUAGACGAGUUUGAAUGUGAAUGUAAACCAGGUUUCUCCGGGGCCACCUGUGAAGUAAAUAUUGAUGAAUGUAGUUCCCAGCCUUGUAUCAACAAUGGAACCUGUAUAGAUAUGAUAAAUUCGUUCCAUUGUUCCUGUAUUGCCGGGUUCCAAGGAUUAACUUGUGAGAUAAAUAUAGAUGAAUGUAGUUGGAACCGCUGCAGGAACGGAGGAAUAUGUUCGGAUCUCAUUGCUGAUUAUAAAUGCACAUGUCAAGUUGGGUUUACCGGAAAGGACUGUGAGACAAAUAUAAACGACUGCAUCCCCGAACCAUGUAAAAAUGAUGCGAAAUGCUCCGAUCUAAUCAAUGGAUACCAGUGCUCAUGUCAGGACGGAUAUACAGGAAAGAACUGUGAAGUGAAUAUAGAUGAUUGUGGAUCCAGUCCUUGCUUUAAUAAUGCUACUUGUCUAGAUCUAGUGAAUGAUUUCUCGUGCGCGUGCACCCCUGGAUAUACAGGACAAUCUUGUCAGUAUGAUAUCAACGAGUGUGAAGUAGAGCCUUGUCAGAACUCCGGGUUGUGCACAGAUCUAAUUUAUGAUUAUGAUUGCAAGUGUAUGGAUGGGUUCAAUGGUAAAAACUGUGAGGUAGAUAUAAACGAGUGUGCUGUGAAUCCUUGUAAAAAUGGAGGAACUUGUGUUGAUGGAAUUAACGAUUUUACUUGUCAAUGUAUACCAGGAUUCAGAGGUAAAUUUUGCGAAGAAGACAUUGAUGAGUGUGAACCUCUGCCUUGCAAAAACAAUGGUACUUGCAGUGACGAAGAAAACGGAUAUUCGUGUUCCUGUGUAGCGGGCUUCAAAGGAAAAAAUUGUGAAGUCAAUAUUAAUGAUUGUGAGUCAAACCCCUGUCUUCAUGGAAACUGUUUGGACGAGAUAAACGACUUCAAUUGUGAUUGCAGUACUUCUGGAUAUACAGGUACUCUGUGUGAUGAAAAUAUCGACGAUUGUGAGGAGAAUCUGUGUGAGAAUGGAAGUACAUGUAGGGAUGGUAUCAAUGAAUACCAAUGCAUCUGUCCCUCCGGGUUUUCAGGACGGUUCUGUGAAACAAAUAUCAAUGAAUGUUAUCCUAAUCCAUGCAGGAAUGGAUAUUGUAUUGACGGUAUUAAUGAUUUCUUUUGCAACUGCACUAAAGGCUACAGUGGUAAAUUCUGUGAUUUGUGUUCUGACCCCUUUGAGUGUAAUAUAGGAGACGGUUGCUGUUUGGAAGAUAUCGUUUUUAAUUCUGCUACUUCAACUAAGAACAGAACAUCCAUUUCCUCAUUCAAGAGUAAAACUGAUUUUUUCGGGAUUUACAGAAGAAUUGACUACGAUAAAACAGGUCGUAUAGUGUAUGAAAAGAAAGAAAAUUCCGCCAUUUCAAAAAAGAUUCGUUAUGAUGCGAAGCAGAAGAUAUGGGUAGCAACAGCUGAAGCAGUGGGAACAUAUCCUAGGACGCAUUGGGAGUCAACAUUAAACAACACUCGGUGUGUUUCACAAAGUGCUGAAAGGAAUACCUCUCUUUGGAGAUUUGACUCAGGAAACGGAACGUACAACAUGCCACACAAUCUGGAAAUAAUUUGCCAGAAUCGGCGGGAGAGACCGGAUCUCAAGAAAAAUACUCGAAUGAUAGAAGAUCUCUGCGAGAAUAACUUAUUUGCGUGCAUUAGUAAGAGCCAGUGUAUUCCCAAGGAAUGGCGAUGUGACAAUAUCAACGACUGUGACGACAAAAGUGACGAGUGUCCAACUUUGAAUUCUGAAGAGAAUAACUAUAUUAGAGUUGUUAAUGAUAUUAAAGUAAACCCAAAGUUAUCAGUCAUUGGCAGAGUUAUAAUUGCGUUUGCAGCCUUCAAUGAUUCCAGUAACUCACUUCAGAAUAUCACGGCUACAGCAUACAAUCUUGCAGGAGAUAAAAUGGUUGAGGAACACUACUGUAAGUUUCCUGAUAACAUUUUUCAGUCAGUUUUUAAACCACAUAAAUUUCAACAUUGCUUCAGGAAUGAGACCGAGUUUCAGUUUCUUGAACUGGAGGUGGCAACAUCAUACCUAUUCAAAAUAACUGCUUGCAACUUUGCUGGCUGUGUUGAUAGGCAAUGGAGAACUAUUGCUAUUAAUGCGACAAGUUUUAACGCAAUGAUGAGCAUAAGGAAUGUGUGUGACAGUAUAGAUGAUUGUCCUAACGGGAAAAGAGAUGAAGAGGAGUUGGUUUGUCAGGGUAGUCCCUUUACUAGAAAUAUGAGCCUGGUGAUAUUUCUCUACAUGUUUAUUGUCCUGGUGGUUUUUAUUUUUGUGAAGAAACAAGAAUUCUUCAAAUGUUUUCAUCCUUCCCAUAUCAGUACAACCUGUUCAAGACUUUCUCAGAGAAUAUCAGAUAUUAGGAAUAGUAUGGCGGACCCGAAUGAUACACUGUUUAAACUUGAAUAUGAAGAAUGUCAUGAGAGUAAAAAUAAACAUAUUGCUCUCACUUCAAUACUUGGAUACAUUCUUUCUUUCAGGGGAAAUAAAUCACUAAGAAAAGUGACCCUCUCUCGAAUUGAUGAAAUUGAACAAUUUUUUCACGAAACCUCGCAGGGCUACUACACCUGUAUGAAGGAGAGGUUUGGCAAUGGGAAAAUAGUUGAAGAGUUGGCGAGCUUUCUCGAGUACAAACAUAACAGAAAUAGAUAUCUUCAGGGUUUGAAGUUAAAGGUUAAAACUGCUGGGAAAGCUUUAAAGAACUGUAUCCCUGAGGAGGGGUUAAGUUCGGAGUGCUGUGGACUCAAACUAACCCUGGAGAAAUCUCCCAACCCUCAGCCUAGAUCUAGUUUUAGGAUAAUAAUCUCAAACUAUUUUAUUCUCUCACAUUUUCUAUUAGUCGUCUUCAAUAUUGCAGAUAUAGUAAAGGAUAUUACCUUCACUACCGCGGUUCAACAUUACGAUACAAACAUCAUACAAGAGGAGUUUGAUGGAAAUAGAAGAUAUCAACAAUAUUUUGAUUUUAAUAUUUAUUACGUGUUCAUUACUUCAUGUGGACUUCUCCUCCUCAGCCACAUAGUUACUCAGGUCUACUGGAGUAUGAUUACUAGAAAACCAAGAUUUCUCACGCUUUGUGAACAUCAGAGCAAGGGCUGGGCAGCUUUAUUAUCGUUAGUUCAGUUUAUUCCGUCCACCCUGGCAAUUCUUGUAUUCGCAGAAGAUACUGCUAUAAAAGUUGAGCUGAAUAAGCUGAUGGACGCUGAGUGGAAGCCGAACAUGUUCAAGGAGUACCUCGAGCUCCUUUACGAGGAGAAGCUUAUUGAGAAACUGGCUCUCAACAUGAAAAUUAUUGAAGUUGUUUGUGAAGCAUUCGGUCAAUUGAUCUUGCAAAGCGUGGUCCUACUUCGACUCAAAACAUUAAUUCAGACGGAUUACUUCAACUACUUGGGAGUCACUUUCGAGCAAGUUAUCAUAUUUUCUAUGAUUCUAUCAGUUUUCUCUAUUUUCGCCACAUUCUGGAACUAUCAUGUUAGAUCAAAACAAUAUUUCAGACCUGUGAUAUCUGGUUCCACCUUCCUCCAGUUAAUAACCUGGAUGCUACUAAUCAGUACAAAACUUCUAGUGUACGUCAUCAGUUUUAUAAAUUUCCCCGGUUUGUUCUUUGUUCCGGUUCUUCUCCAGUUUCUAGUUACAGCCAGUGUUCUCUCUUUCACUAAGGUUUCUCCUCAUUUCCGAGCCGCACCUUGGCAUGACAGGAUUAUUCAUUGUCUUGUCUGUUGCCUUCUCCCCCUGGCUGUAUCAGAUGAUCCUUAUCAACAACUUUAUGAUAUUGAUAUUGAUGAACUUGAGUCUUCCUGUGGAUAUGGGAAUACAGGAAUUCAAGAUGAAUCCCUCGUUAGCCUCCACUCAUUCAAUUCUAUCAUUGAGAGUCUUCGACAGAAAGACAAGAAACCCCUUCAAAGAAGUAACACAGUUCUCGAAAAGAAGAGGUCUAGGCAUGAAAUGAUGCUGGCUCUAGGUUUGUAUACUUUUGAAUGUUUUUCUGUGACAACAUUUUCAGCUCUGAUGUACCACCUAUACGACUUUGAUAGUUACAGGCAAUUUCUGGAACAUUUCAUCAAAGAGAAGGAACUGGAGUUCCUUUUGUUUCUACCUGGAGUAUACGGAGUUUAUAUCAGUCUAUACAUUCUCAUAACAUUGGUUGUUAUUCUGGCAUCAGUUCUUAUCCUUCUCUAUUACAGGCACCUUCAUCCCCGAGUAUCGAUGUUUCCAACAAUACAUAACAAAGUCAAAUCAUUCUACACAAUCAGUUUACGAGGUCGGCAGAAUAAAACAUUUCUGGAGGAUGAGGCUAACCGAGAGGACGGUGUAGGAGGAAGAGGAGGAGGAGGCGUAGAACAGCUUGAUCUAGUUCAUCAAAUCCUCACUAGGAUCUCUAACUCCAACUAUCCGACACUAGAAGCAAAAGAAACCAGCUUCAACCAGUUUAACCAGAAAGCCUCUAAUCAGGAGACAAUAAAUCAAGAUCUAGAUAACAAGACGAGGGAUGAAGAUGUGACACCGGAUCCAGUUCUAGGAAGGUUUAUGGAGAUGAAACCGGAUCCAGGUCUAGGGGGGUUCAAGGAAAGAAAUGACUUGGAGGCGAAACAAAGAAAACUAUCUGAGCAGGAGGGAUUAUGGAUGAAAAUGGGGAGAGAGCCGCAAACCAGGAAAUCUGCUGAUGCAGAACCAAGAAAUGGAACAGAUCGGAGUACACAUUCAGAACCAGAACUGAACAGGAAGGAUGAGAUGGAAAUAGCCUCUCCAGUAUCAAUUUUAAAUUCUCCAACACCGGACACCGAUUCUCAAACUUCCAAACCGAUAAAAGAACUUCAAUUUUCUGGGAUAUAUGAUGAAGGUUCGGCAGAAUUGAGCGAAAUUUAUGUUUGACUUUUUAUAUUUUUCCGUUUUAGCAUAAUAUCAUGAAACAGUAUUAUCAUUUAUUUAGCUUUAUUUUGCUGGUCAAUUAUUUUUACUUUUAUUUAUUUAUUCUUAAAGAUUGGUUUUAGAAGUAAACUGCUCAUUUUAUUGUUUAGUUUAGCACUAUAUAUAUCAUAUAUAUACAUUAUAUAUA